UUAAAUGAAAAUUGUGUCCGUUUGUUGUUAUUGACUAGCUCACGCGCACGCUAAUGCUAAUGCUAAUGCUAGCUAGGCGUCUUAGCAACUGGCCUGUGUUGACGAGUCUAUUCGAAAUCUGGCUUUCUCACUCGGGUUGCGCUGAAGGUUAGACUUUGUUUGCCACUUUGCUUUCAGCAAUCAAAAGUUCUGGCGUUUAUUCAGUAGACCGUCAGUUUACAGCUAUAACUACAUAACUAGGUUCCACCACAACCUAAAGUUAGAUUUACAUUCUACCCUACAUGUCAAAUAACGACUUGAGCAGGGAGCAAAAUCGCGUACCUUGCUGUUUUUUAUUUCUGUUUUAAAUAACGAUAUUCCGACAUCAUUUAAAUAAGUUCCCUGAAAAUGACCUGCGCUUUGGAAGACCCUACACUUGAGAGACACUUCAAGGGCCACAGGGACGCUGUAACGAGUGUUGACUUCAACUGUAACAUGAAACAAAUAGCAACAGGCUCCAUGGAUUCCUGUAUAAUGAUCUGGACUUUGAAACCACAGAUGAGGGCAUAUAGUAGGUUUGUGGGACACAAGGAUGCUGUGAUGUCAGUCCAAUUCUCUGCCUCUGGUCACCUGUUGGUCUCUGCAUCCAGAGACAAAACGGUCCGUCUCUGGGUACCCAGUGUGAAAGGUGAAUCCACAGCAUUUAGAGCCCACACUGGAACGGUUCGGAGUGUCAACUUCUCCAGCGAUGGACAGACAUUAGUGACUGCUUCUGAUGAUAAAACCAUCAAAGUGUGGACAGUUCAUCGGCAUAAGUUUCUCUUCUCUCUCAACCAACAUGUCAACUGGGUGCGAUGUGCAAAGUUUUCACCAGAUGGACAGUUAAUUGUCUCUGCAAGUGAUGACAAAACAGUGAAGAUUUGGGACAAAAAUAGCCGAGAGUGCAUUCACUCGUUUUCUGAACAUGGCGGGUGUGUGAAUUACGCUGACUUCCACCCCAGUGGUACUUGCAUAGCAGCGGCUGGUCCAGACAACAAUGUUAAAGUGUGGGACAUCCGCACCACUAAGCUUCUGCAACAUUAUCAAUUGCACACUGCAGCUGUAAAUGCACUCUCCUUCCAUCCCUGUGGGAACUACCUCAUCACGGCCUCCAGCGACUCCACAUUGAAGGUCCUGGACCUGGUGGAGGGCAGGCUUCUCUACACACUGCAUGGACACCAGGGUCCUGCGAGAUGUGUAGCAUUUUCAAGGAAUGGGGAUUAUUUUGCCUCUGGUGGCUCAGAUGAACAGGUAAUGGUUUGGCAGACCAACUUUGAUGGUGCUAAUUACGAUGAAGUGCUCAGGCUGCAGAAAAAGGAGGCCAGUGUGGAGCAGCCACAUGGAUGUCACGCCCACCUCCCAGCCCAGGUUUCAGAGUCCGCAGAGCCCCUCCACUACAAGAGUUCAAGCAAAGAUUGCGGCAGGAGUGGAGGUCGGCCAUCCCACCCCUCCCAGACACCUAGAGCACAGUCCCAGCCUCCAUACACAGCACCAGAGAGUGGAGUCCCUGCUGCGCUAACCAACACCCUGGAACACAUUGUGGGUCAGCUUGACAUCCUUACACAGACAGUGGCCAUCUUGGAACAGAGGCUCACGCUGACUGAGGACAAGCUGAAAGAGUGUAUCGACAACCAGCACAAGAUCCUGCAGCUUCCACACAGCGCUGCAGCGCUGAGCGCCAUAUCUUCCUGAGGGAUGGGCUGCUCUUCCUCCCAUCCUUCCUCAUCUGCCUCACCUUCAUCAUCCCUAUAAAAUAAGCCAACCCUCUGCUGGAGCUACAACUCCUUAGGUUCUCUACCUCGGACAUGAGUCUUCUUCAGACACCAGAGUAAGCUGGCAAAGUGUCUAAGGAAUGUGGCCAUCUAGUCAAAAAAAAAUCCCUGAUUGGUUGGUAGCAGUGAAAUCUUUUUUUAAUGUAAUUUCUACUUAGUAAGAUGGAACU